UUUUCUGUAACCUUUUAGCAGAUGGGAUCUGUCUUCCCGCUCUGCUCUGGAUCCCAAGUCUCACUGCUAUUUAUUGUUCCAGAUCGGGCUCUGGUUGUGCUCCAUGUUCAUCUGCACAAAAUGCAGCUGUUGCCUUCAUAGUUUAGGAGAAUUCAGGGUGUUCCCCUGUCCCAUUUGUUUGGACACCUACGGGCUGCCAGCUUGGGUAUCUACUUACAAAGUGCUACUUCUGCUCCCAUUUUCUAGGGAGAAAACCUGAUUCCAGUCAGAUCCGGGGCGCGCGACCCUCUUAACCUGGAGAGCACAAUUUUGUAACAGCGUUCAAUUCCCGUCACUGCGAGGAUUCCUGUUUCCCAUUCUGGAAAAGCAAACACCGGCUUGCCUGGAUAACAGGGGGCAUCCAGAGCUGCCGUGCCCGCAGCCCCAGGCGCGGGGUGCGUGGCGGUGUCUGUGCCGAUGAAUCCGUGCAGCAGAGCUCUGCCCACAGCCCUUUAAUGCGAGUGACAUCAAAGGCAAAGCCCUGCCUGCUGCCGGGGGGGACCCACAAUGCAGCUCGGGACGCACUGGAGCAGCUCCAGGGCCGCUGGCAUCGCUCCGCAGCCAGAGCCCCUCCAUUGUCAGCCCUGGGGGGCCGGGCCCUGCAUGGGGACACGGGGACAGGCCUGGCUUUAGGGGCUGUCCCCUGGGCUGGCUGGAGGAGGGGGUGUCGCCUGGCGCUCGGGUGGGCAGCAGGGCGCUGAGCCGCCGGCAGCCGGGGGGAGAUGAGCUCGCAGGAUGAGCAGUUCCCAGCAGCAGCCCCCGAGCCAGCGGCUGCCUCCGCCGAGGAGGGCAUGACCUGGUGGUACAGGUGGCUCUGCAGGAUUGCCGGGGUCAUCGGGGGCAUGUCCUGUGCCUUUGCUGGUCUCUGGAACUGUGUCACCAUCAACCCCCUGAACAUUGCAGCCGGCGUGUGGAUGAUGCUCAACGCCUUCAUCCUGUUCCUGUGUGAGGCCCCUUUCUGCUGCCAGUUCAUCGAGUUCGCCAACGCCGUGUCCGCGAGGGCCGACAGGCUGCGGGCCUGGCAGAAAGCAGCUUUCUACUGCGGGAUGGCCGUGUUCCCCGUCAUGCUCAGCCUGACGCUGACCACGCUCUUCGGUAACGCCAUCGCCUUCGCCACCGGGGUGCUCUACGGCCUGUCAGCCCUUGGAAAGAAGGGAGAUGCCAUUUCCUACGCCCGCAUCCACCAGCAGCAGAAGCAGAUGGAUGAAGAGAAGCUCACGGGGACCCUGGAGGGACAGGCUCUCUGAAGGACACGAGCUCGGGGCAGCCUCUCCUGGACACUGAGAUGGUGAAGAUGUGGAAAUCCACUCUGCCCUUCCCUCUGUCUGCUCCACUCCCUGCUACACCACGAUUUCCCUGGACACUGCAGCAACUGGAAAUCUCAGGGGCUGGGGCAGGCUGUGUCCUCUCCUCACACCAGCAGCCAGACCUCAGCACGUCGCUUCCUCUCUCAACCCUCCACCCAAUAUCUCAUUUUUUAAUCUUUUUUUUUUUUUUUGCUGCAGAGGUGCUGGCUCUCUAAGUGCUGCUUUCCCAGCCUUUUUUUUUUUGGAGUGCCCCUUUGGGAACUGCCCUCUGGAUGGCUGAGGAGGGACAGAGGACCUGCCAGUGCAGGUUCUGUGUGUUUAGGAACACUCUCUGGGAUGGCCCUUCCCAGGCACAACACCUAAACCAGGGUUUGCAAAACCCCCUGGUGCUUUAGCUUGGUCUUCUUCCACUGGGUCUGUUUUAAUACGAGACCAGGCACUGGAGGCGUCGCUGCACAGGAAAGGACUUCCAGCAAAAACCCAUAUAAAGAUAAAAUCCAUCUCUGCAGGGGAGCUGCCAGAGCUGCUGGGCAGAUCCUGGGGCCUACAAAGCACAGUCCCUGCUUCCUCUGGAUACAGCUGCAGGCAGUUACUGCAAUUUACUUGAAUUAUAAGAAUUAAUUACUUUGUCUUAAUAAGGGCACAUUUCUUAAGCCUCGCUGUUUUACUGGGGGAGAAGGGAAACAAGGUGUGCUGUACCUCAGCUGAAAAGGGCGUUGCUUCUCGAGCCAGGUGGGAUUUUUUGCUGGUGUGAGGGUACAGAUGUGCAAGAGCAUUCCUGCCUCGUUAGCCUGGGACUCUGCUCUGUUACCUCCCUGCAUCCCUCUGUGAAGGGACCUGCUCUUUGCUUGCCUGGUACGGCCUUCGUCUUUGGGACUGUGAAUUUUUGCAUUAAUCCAGAGCUGGUUUUGUAUGGGAAGGUGGCACAUCCUUCCUGUGCAAGCAGAGAGGUGGCUGCACCACUUCAGUGUGGACAGCUGGGAUGUUUUACUUUAUUAUUCCAGGCACUCUCUGUGGUUUUCACAUUUUAUUUUCUGUUUACUUUGUACCACGAGGUACAAAACUGCUCACUAAGUCCAGAUCCCCCUCUUCUCGUCACAGUUCGUCCUGGGGAUUUUAAUUUAUUUGAUUUUUAUAUGGUUGCUUUUUGUUUUGAUUAGGAAAAAGGGGAAUAAUUUAUUUCUAGUUAUUUAAGUAUUUUGAUGGGGCUCAUUUUCUCUGGAUAUAGGAGAAAGGAGUGCUCUGUUUCCUGUCCUUCACAGGGCUGCCUCAUUUCACCAGGGGUCUCUGAAUCCAGAGACAGCCCUGGCUGCUGCAAAAUCCAAUUUCAGCCUUCAGAGUGUUUCUCAGACUCUUCCAAAGAAGUGUGUUGUCCUUUGACCCCUUUGUCUUGUUCUGGCCCACAAGCUUGACAAACUGUGUUUCCCCCCUCUUCUGGGAGAGAGAAGGGAGGAAAACUGGGCUGUAACUGCUGAAUUGGGGAAGCCACCAGCACUCUGUGUCCCCAUUUGAAUCCUUGGGUACAGAGGGGUUGUGCUGUGGUCUGAGAAAUGCUGCUGGAGGCCGGGUGCUGUCUGUCAGAGGGGUCUCAGCCCAUGCUGAGAACUCUUUUUAGACCCUGCCCUUCCUCAAGCUGGCUCCUGUGAGCUGCUGCUUCUGCCCUGGGGCUCAGGAGCUGUGAGGAUUCACACUGGUUAGGAUUUCCAGAGGCCCUUGCAGCUGGAUGUGGCCCUUUUUGUGCUAAGCCCCAUUCCUCCCGGCCUUUGAACUGGGAUUGCUCUGACACCCCUUGUCUGGGAUGCAGAGCAGGCACCACCAGCCUGGAUUUUUUCCAUAAAGGCAGGUUUUUUCCAUAAAAGCUGUGCUGGGUUGGAGCCCCCAGCCCUGGGCUGAUCCCUGGUGCUGAAUGCAGUGCGUGGGCCAUUGGCCCACAGGCUCCUGCUGCCUGCAGGGAUGGGUGCUGCAGGAGGAAUCUGGGAUACUCCAGAGGGAAUAACCUGUGGGUGCUGCAAGGGCAGCGUCCUGCCUCAGGAAUGGGCACGUGCUUUGAUUUCAGGGGGAUGUGGGGAGUUCUGUAGUGUUUAGUAGAGGAAUGUUGCAGAGUGAUGCAUGUAAAUGUCUCUGGUAGUGACAGCUUUGCUCUGUGAGUAGUUCUGCAGUAGCUUUAGUGACAGGAGGCGAAAGGCAAAGCAGAGGUGAAGGGCUGAGACUUCCAGGGUGCUCUGAGGAAGCACAGAACUGGUGGGACCCUCGUUGGCUUAGUCUGACUGUCCUCCUGCCAUGGCUCCUGGGGCUGGGGCAGCUGGGUGCUGGGUGCUCCUUGACACAGCUCUGCACCCUUGGCACUGAGGCAGAAGUCCCAGCAGUGCUGUCACCGUGUGUUUUGUGGCAGCAGGGUCCGACCCUGGGGCUGAGGCAAGGGAACAAUCUGCAUCAAUCUGCCACUGUGAGCGGGUGGCAAAGCUCAGCCCUGAGCUGAAAAUGGGCCUCAGGGACUCCUCUGAAAGAGCCAAGCUGGAGCCUUUGGCCACAAGUGCUUGAAGGGUCUGUGCCUGCCACACUGGAGGUGUCUCAGAUCUGUGCUCCAAGCGUGGUUACUCCUACAGGGGCCUGUCUGGAGUGGGAACCCUUGGGAAUUUUGGCUGGUGUGUGCAGCUGGAACCAAGCUGGAUGCUGCCACCAUUGCAGACAGGCUUGGUGACAGCACCCAUGGCUUUUAAGAGCUGUAGUGACAGCCAGUGGAUGGUCUCACCUCCGUGUGGGCCUGCUUGGUGGAGAUAGGAAGGAGCUUUAGAGUAGUAGCAUCGCAGUAGUUAAAUGCCAGUGCAUGGUGGUUGUUAGUUGUGUUUAGAGGCACCCUCGGGGUGCUUGGAGCUGUGCAAGGACAAACGAAGUUCAAACCCUGCUCUGGAGGUUUCCCAGGCUCAACCCAACCCCUGCUGAGGGCAUCCAGGCCAGAUGGCUGAUCAACAGGGGCUCUGUGGAAGAGGUUCUGCUCGGAAAGGAGACGAUGUGAGAGCUCGAGGGCGGGCGAUGCGCUGAGGACAGCGAGUUGUUGGCCCCAAGAGUGGAAGGACCCCUGGGGAGCAGUGGCCUGUCACAGCAGUCACCAGGGCAGCAUUUAUGCACUGUGCCACUCUUCCACGCCUGUGCCACUCGUGCGUGGCAGCUCCGUGUCCCCUGGGGCUGCCCACUGUGCGUGAAGAGCAGAGCAGAGCUCUCUGCUCUGGGCAGGAGCUGCUUUUGUAACACCCAUUGAUUCUCUGUGUGUGCAGUGAAUAAAGAGACCAUUCUACCUCUGGAAAGAGCCACUGUGAUUUCUCAGACUCCAAACGUUGUAGCAAAAGCCCUCGGACUUUCUAUGCUGAAGAAAGGAGGUCACUCAGAGAAUGCUUCUCCACUGAGGUCCUUGCAGGAGCUGAAGAGUCCAACCUCAUUUCCUAGUGGGGCAUUUCCUCCUUAGGCCGAGCCCUGGGAAGCUCAAUUCAUCUCUGUCAUUUUUUCCUCAGGAAAAAACAUCCACUGUCUUCAGGGAAGGGUUUCACUGAAGUGAAGAUAUCGAGACCUGGUCCAUAGCCAUGUGAGAAAGAGAAUGCUCAAGCACAGGGCUGCCAGAAAUCCUGAUCUUCAGAAGGUCAGUGGAAACCAGAGGCUCUUGAGACCUCUCAUAGUCAGGCCAUGCUUAGAAAAAGUUGUGUUCCAGCCAGGGCUGAACAUCUUUCUGGAAAAGGGUCUCAGCAGCAAAGGGUAGGUUUAAUACUGAAUGUUUUCUGUGUUUUUUAUUUUGGCCCAUCACUCUCCCUCUGUCCUAGGCUGUUUUAAAUUAAUGCUGUGAUAAAGCACAUCUUCUCUUAGGUGAUUUCUCGUCUCCUGCUGCAGGAGAGUGAAAUGGCAGCUGGCACAUCUGGAGGGCUGGGUCAAACAAGCUGUUUUACCCCCUGCUUCCUUGUGACAGCAGGCUGAACGUCCCAGGAAUGGGAGGAUGCCAGCAUUUCUACCAGCCCUCGGGGUGCCAAGUGCAUUUCAGGAGCUUGGACAAGUGCUUGGGCACAUCAUGUCCCAGCCCAGCCUUUGUGCUUCUGCCCUUUUGGGAGGAAUCAGGUUGGACUCAGCAAGGCCAUUUGUUCCUCACAGCCACAACCACCUCCUGCAGCCAUGUUUUACCUCGGGUUAGCUCUAAAAAAAUACUUUAUAAAAAGUCCUUAAUCUUUCAGGACACACAGGAAAGGGGUAAGACUGAUUUGCUACUAACUAUGCAGUUGAAAUCUCAAAGUGAUGGAGGUGGAGGCUUCACACAACCGUGGUGGAGGCACAUCCACCUCCCUCUUUGUGGGUGGGUCAGACCCCACGGUGGGAAGGACCCACCCUAGCACAAGGUGUUGUCAGUACUCACUGUGUCUUUCCUACAGGGAAUCACUUGCACUACAGCUGAAUGUUUGUCUGUUCCCGUUCUUUUGUCCUGGGUCGUCUUUGUGAGCUGUAUUUGAUCUUGUUCAUUAGGCUUCUAGUGUAAUGUGUGUUUUUAGAGCAAUAAAAUGUGGCAGCUUUUUAUACAAAA